AAAGGCAUUUCGCCCUUCCCUUUAAGACGCGCCGCCCCUUCUCAGUCACUCCCAAGAUGGCGGACCUACUGGGCUCCAUCCUGAGCUCCAUGGAGAAGCCACCCAGCCUCGGGGACCAGGAGUCUCGGCGCAAGGCCCGAGAGCAGGCUGCCCGCCUGAAGAAGCUACAGGAACAAGAAAAACAACAGAAAGUGGAGUUUCGUAAAAGGAUGGAGAAAGAGGUGUCCGAUUUCAUCCAAGACAGCCAGCAGACCAAGAAAAAGUUUCAGCCGAUGAACAAGAUCGAGAGGAGCAUCCUACACGAUGUGGUGGAGGUGGCUGGCCUGACGUCCUUCUCCUUCGGGGAAGAUGAUGAGUGUCGCUACGUCAUGAUCUUCAAGAAGGAGUUCGCGCCCUCAGAUGAAGAGCUGGAGUCCUACCGUCGCGGCGAGGAGUGGGACCCCCAGAAAGCCGAGGAGAAGCGCAAGCUGAAGGAGCUGGCCCAGCGGCAGGAGGAGGAGGCAGCCCAGCAGGGCCCCGUGGUGGUGAGCCCCGCCAGCGACUACAAAGACAAGUACAGCCACCUCAUCGGCAAGGGGGCGGCCAAGGACGCGGCCCACAUGCUACAGGCCAACAAGACCUAUGGCUGUGUGCCCGUGGCCAACAAGAGGGACACGCGCUCCAUCGAAGAGGCCAUGAACGAGAUCCGGGCCAAGAAGCGGCUGCGGCAGAGCGGGGAAGAGCUGCCACCGACGUCCUAGGCGCCCCAGCAACCAGGGCGGGCCGGGGACAGGGGGACAGGCUGCUGCUAUUAGAACCCAUCCUGGAGCCCCACCUCCGCACCGCCUCCCGUCCGCGGGCACCGGGCCAGGGAGGCGGGCAUGUGACUUGUCACCGUCCGAGCUCGGACCCUCGAGUGGGG